GCAGUUGCACUCGCAAUCCAAAGGUCGUCAGUUCGAAUUCCGGGGUGGAUGGAAGCUUAGGUGUAAAAAGAGGUUUGCAAUUGCGCCUUCGACUGACAAUCCAGUGGUAACCGGUUGAAUCCUGAAGCGGAUGCCAUACGUUCAAACACUAAGAAGACCAGGGUAAAAAGACGCACAUUAUCAAUGAACGGUUAAGCAUUCCAAUUGACAGCAGUUUUCAAUGAUUUGAUUGUGUCGUAACCAUCAUGAUUUUUUUUGUGGAAUGGCUACCGUUUCCACAACGUAACAUAUUUAUGCAGAGCGUUACUAAUUUGUAAAGUGAAUCUCGGGUUAGUUUUAGCUCCUCUGUCUAUGUGGCAAACCGAACAGGGAGAAAAGUGUUUUACAACGGUCCAUUAUGUAACGGCAAUUUGUCCACCUUCAAACCUGAACCAGGAUUACGCACAUGAAGCUAAUGACGGCAAACAAAAAAGGCGAGAUAUUAUUAUUUUUCAAACAACAAUUAACCCUUUCAAAAUGUUUGCGCUGUUCAAUAUGAAUAACCGCAGGAAAAGCUAGAUAAAAGACGAAGCAGAAGGCUUAACUUAGUUUGUCUCUCAUAUGCACACACACACACAAACCUAUACAAUGAAAAAGGGUGGAGUGCACACAUUCGAAGUGGGCCGCCUUGGGCUCCAUGUACUGCUGCGGCGCGACUGAAUCUGGGGAGAGAUUGUGGAGAAAAGCAGAAAAGAACGGAAUAUCGGAUAUUUGUAACACAUUUUUUAAGGAGACGCUGAACGAGUAACAUCGAUUCGGCGUUGUGAGCAUCAUCGUCAGCAUCAACAGCCAAGAAACUCUCCACCUGCCCCCUUGGGUGGUGGCCAUAAAACGACGUUGGAGUGAGUGAAACGGGUGCUAUUGCCACUGUCUGGGAGUUGUUGGCUCCAUCGGACGGAAUCGACGGAACCGCACGAGCACAAGAGAGAGAGAGAGAGAGCGGCGGGGGAAAGAAAGUAGCCGAACAACGAAAAUCACGUCCAUCAUACAAAGUUUUCAUUAAGAGUCGAAGAAGUGGAAAAAGUUCAGUCAGUCGCGCAGAGUGAUCGGUGGAAGAAAGUUGUGUUUUUUAUAGUGCGCUCUGGAGAUAGCCCGUGCGUGUGGUAGCGUAAUUUAACCUUGGUAGUUUAAGUAAAAUAUUUUAAAAUGAAAGUAACAUUUCUGCUAGAGCUGUUAUUAAUUCUGAUAAUAAUCGCUUUCGCUGCCUCCAGUCCUGUUGUGGGACGAAGCGUACGCAAAGGUGUCCUCAUCCGACAGGCCGUCGACGAGGUGGGAGAUGCGGCCGCCGUGGUAGACCCAGCCCCGGUUGCUCCAGUCUCCGGCGGAGACGACGACGACGAUGAUGAUGACUCUGACGAGUUCGAUUUGGGCGAUGACGAUUCGGCCGAAGACGACGAUGCCGAUGAUGAUGACGACGACGAUGACGAUGAUCUGAUUGGAUCGGUAGAGGAUGAAAUCGACGACGAGGACGAUGACGAUGACGACGAUGAUGAUGAGGUUGUCCCUGCCGCCAUUGCCCCUGCCGCCCCAGCGGUCCUCGACCAGCAGAAACAGUCGGCCGUUGGUCAACCUGCCGCGCCGGUUACGGCCGUCGAGGAGGAAGACGAAGACGACGAAGAGGAUGAUGACGAUGACGAUGACGAUGAGGACGAUGAUGCGCUGUCUUUUUUCGGUGAAGAUCUUCUAGGAGCAUUCGACGAGGACGACGAUGACGACGAUGAUGAUGACGAUGACGAGGCCGCCGUUGCUGCGCCAGUUGCGUCUGAAGCUCCCGGUCCGAUCGCUCCUUCCAAGAAGAAGAAGAAGAAGCCUACGCCCGUUAAGGAAACGAUCACCGCUCAGGCCGACGUUGCCGAUUCUGCCCUGAACGAGAUCGACGCUCCGCUCAAGAAGCCCGAUGGUAUCGACGUCAACAGCGAAGUGAACAAGAUUGUCGAAUCCCUUGCCGCCCAGAAGGCCGACCAGAACGCCCAACCCGCCACGGAACCUGCUGCCGAGGAGGAGGACGAAGCCGAGUACGACGAGGAGUCCCCAGAAAAGGUACAAACUCAAUCCUCUGAUAACAAUAAAGUUGACGUUGUUGCCGCUCCUGCAGCCGUGACCGCUACGAAGCCGACUAGUGACGAUGACGACAUCUUCGAAGGUAUCACAUCGCUAGUGGACGAUGACGAUGAUGACGAUGACGACGAUAGUGACGAGACGACCGCACAAAAGGUUGACCAAUCCGGAACGAAUAGCGACACCGAAACGCAACCCGAAGACGACGACGAUGAUGACGAUGACGAGGACAGCGAUGAGCUCAUUGAUGAGAGCGCCGUCGAGGAUAUUGCCGAAUCCGAUGUGUGAGUGUGACGAUCCUUCCGAUCCCCCCUCGAAAAACUCCCAUCUCCCCACCCCUCUUCGUUGGAUUAGGAAGCAAUCCGAACAAAUAUCCUUCUCAGGCUAAUCCAUGUGCGAGUGUGCGAGAAAAAAAAGAGAGAUAAUGAGAGAGACAGAGAGUUCAACUCUCAACUGAGAUACAGACACCUCCCACCCCUCUCAAAAAAAGCAAAUCCUUGCGUCCCCCCACACCCACCCCCUCCACAUUAAUCUUCAAUUUUUGAGGAUUUUUCUCAACAGGAACAGGAAACAACGACUCAUCAAACUUCUCAGAGAAAGAAAAUACCGAAAAUUUAAAUUUUCGCAAGCCAUUAACAACGAAGAUGAAUCGAAAGACUCUAGGACAUGAACACGAACAUACAAAACGAGACACACAAAACACACAAUCAACAAACAGGAACUGACGUGUAGUAUUAAGUUAAUUUAUUUAUUUAUUUAUUUAAAUUAUUUAUUAAAUUAUUGAGCGUGUAAAAAGACUAUCGACCUCAAAUGAACAACGAAAACCUCUGAAGAAAGUAAACAAACACGAGAAGAAAAACUCCUCAGUAUGGACGAGAUUGCGAGAAGUAAAGAUGUAAAAAUGAAAAAAAAA